UCAGUUACUUUUACUAGGUUACUAACAAUGGAACGUUGGCAAAAUCGUGUCGCUGUAGUUACAGGUGCAAGUUCGGGAAUCGGUGCAGCUAUUGUCAAAGACUUAGCUAAAGCCGGUCUUAUCGUAGUUGGCCUAGCCCGUCGAGUUGAACGAGUUGAAGAAUUGAAAAAAGGCUUAACGAAGGACCAACAAAAACGUAUACACGCCGUUAAGUGUGAUGUCUCCCAAGAAAAUUCUGUUAAUUCAGCAUUCGAAUGGAUUUGCAAGAAUUUGGGAGGAGUUGAUAUUUUGGUGAAUAAUGCGGGCAUCCUAAAUCCUGGAAAACUCUCGACAAUGGAUUUUUCAAAAGUUCGCGAAGUUAUCGAUACAAAUGUCAUGGGUGUGGUUAUGUGUACCCAACAUGCAUUCAAAAGUAUGAAGGAGCGGAAUUUCGACGGACAUAUUUUGAUAGUAAAUAGUAUUGCGGGACAUAAGAUUCCUGUGAUGCCAAUGAAUGUUGAAAUGAAUAUUUAUCCACCAACCAAAUAUGCAGUUACUGCCAUAACAGAGAUUUAUCGACAGGAAUUCAGUGGACUUGGAACAAAAAUUAAAAUAACUAGCAUCAGUCCAGGACUUGUUGAUACGGAAAUUGUUGAUGACGAAAUUAAAAACCACUUUGAAAAAUGUAUUCUCAAAUCUGAAGAUAUUUCAAGUGGAGUUUUAUAUGCUAUAUCGACCCCACCUCACGUUCAAGUGCAUGAAUUGACAAUAAAACCAGUUGGAGAGGCAAUGUAAUAGCAAUUAAGAAAAUAAAAUUGUAAUACUUGUA